ACACGCCUGCAUCCGAGAGCGAGCUUGUCGUGCACAUCUGUUUUGCAAGCUACGCAUUCUGUUAUACCGUUCGAAAAAUAGCCAUCCACGUAUAAAUCAUCGACUAUAUAUUAGAGAAUAAACUAUAAACUACGUUGCUGGUUAUUUUCGACAUAAUAUGUUGGUUUUACAUUUAGACGAGCAUAAAAAUUAAGAUUUGUUACAGCGUGCGCAGAACGAGAAGCGAAAAAAAACUGAACAAAGAGCUCGCGCUGUCUCCAGGGUAACGGAAGCUUCAUCCGGAAGUAGUAGUAGUUACUGCAGAAUACAUGCACGGUGGUUCUUUCAGAUUUAACAAGUGAUCCAACAUUAGUGUUGUAUUUGUCGUUGAGUGUGACUCACCCUACUCAAUAAACGAACUGAAUAACGUUACUGUACUGAAUUGGGAAUAUGAGAUUUCAUAGUGCGAAAUAAAUAUUUAGCUUGCUAGCUAUCAAUAGUCAUUGUUUUCGUGAUUUGAAAACUGGCGUAGCCCACUAGAAAACGUUACUAGCUAUGUUCACGGAUGAGACCUUGGAGACAGUCGGCACCGAAUCGUCGUGGAGGAAGUCAAAUCAGUCUGAACACGAUUCGAGAGGCUGUCAAACGGUACCCUUGGAGACGGCCGAGUCCGGAGUUCAGGCCGUGCGCAGCUCGGAAUGCGGAACCCAGACCGACCCAGAUGAGCCGCUCGCGGGCCAGUACCUCCCUGACUGCGGAGACCUCCCCGACCCGCCCGGACUGGUGGACUUUUUGCGGGGAAUUGAGGACACUGUGGUGAAGGAGCUGGUUAAAAACGCCCGGAGUCACGCAUUCGAUGGUUUCCAAGUCAACUGGGAAGAGAGGCAUGAAACGGUGUCGCGUGAACAUCGGCUUCACCACCGCGAUGUGCAGGACCGAGGCCUGCAGGCCACCAGCCUGUCCUGGAGCUGCACUGGCUCUGUCAUCGCUUGUGGCUUUGGCCGGGUGGAUGAUGGGGACUGGAGCAUGGAGAGGGCAUUCGUGUGCACCUGGAACCUGGAGCGCCGAGGCAUGGACCCGGGACGUCCCGACACGAUCAUAGACACCGCCUCCGCUGUAAUGUGCCUGGCCUUCCACCCGUCCCACCCCUCCCUCAUCGCAGGGGGCCUGUACAGCGGGGAGGUGGUGGUUUGGGACACCAGUCGGUCUCCGGACGUCGUGCUGGCCCAGACAGGCAUGUCUGAGGACACCCACAGGGACCCUGUCUAUCAGGUGCACUGGGUGCCUGCAGGCCGUAGAGGGGAGUGGGCGGUGCUCAGCGCUGGCACAGGGGGCAGGGUCCUGCUGUGGAAUGUGGGCGAGGAUGGCAGGCUGGCGCUGAGCACCGGGUACGCUCUGCUCCACCAGCAGGUGCCCCACAGCGGCACGCUUGGCAAGGUGCGGGGCAGUAGCUGCGUGGGCGUGACGUCCCUGGCGCUCUCUCCCUGGGACCCGGACGUGUUUCUGGUGGGGUCUGAGGGAGGCCUGCUGCUCAAGUGCUCCUUCUCCACCCGCACAACGGCUGCCACAGCGACAUGCGUGACCUCAGCGGGGGAGGGUGUGGCCCUGCGUGCCCCUGCCCGCUUCUCCUUCUCUCCCCGCUGCGGCCCGGUCCACACAGUGCACUGCUCCCCCUUCCACAGGAACCUGUUUGUGAGCGCGGGGACGGACGGUCAGGCCCACCUGCACAGCUUGCUGCAGGCCGAGCCGCUGCUCUCUCUGCGCGUGUGCGACUCGUACGUCUUCGCCGUGCGCUGGUCCCCAACGCGCCCCCUGCUGUUCGCCGCCGCCACUGGGCUAGGUACAGUGCAGAUUUUCCACCUGGACCAGAGGUCCCUGCGCCCCGUCGCCUCCAUCGAUCAAGCCACUGGGGGGCACCCCACGUACUGCCUGGAGUUUAACCCCCAGCAGCCCGGCCUCCUGGCUGCCGGGAACGCCGACGGCACCGUCAACAUCUGGCGCCUGAGCGCGGAGCUCACCGAGCAGGGACCCCGAGAGACUGCGCAGCUGGAGCAGCUGGCCAAUGAGCUGGCAGAGUGACCGGGCGGAUCUGCGCAGCUGGCCAAUGAGCUAGCUUAGUGACCGGGCAGAUCUGCGCAGCUGGCCAAUGAGCUGGCAGAGUGACUGGGCAGAUCUGCGCAGCUGGCCAAUGAGCUGGCAGAGUGACUGGGCGGGUCUGUUGGCUGACCAAUGAGCUGGCAGAUCUGCUCACUAAAUUGAGUGACUCAGGUAGCUGCCUCCUCCCUCUCAAUCUUAAGCUAAACCCAAGAGGAGUUCAUACACCUGAAAACAUGGAGAGGUUACCGUGGUUUCAGGGUGUAACCGUGGUUUCAGUAUACACAGCUACAUUAAUGGUCUGUACAUCAUAUUUCAGCUGCUACUGAGUGAAUAUGAUGCCUAAAGACACUAAAAAACAGAUUGCGCCCAGAAACCCGCUAAGAUAAAUUUAAAAGCAGGGAAAUAUCCGAUGCUCAGACAAUGUUUCCAACUGCGUGUUAAAAUAACAGAAAAUUAUUUUUAUUUAAACCACCAUUAUUUAUAUGCUUAAACGUGACUUUUUUUGCACUGAAAUAAAUGGAACGAGAACAGA